AUGGUAAGUGCAAAUGAUUCUUGUGUGAAUGUUUCAGAAAUUGAGAUUUUUCGUUUAUCUGUUCAGAAUAACGAAACUAAAUGUGAUAGUGUCCUCAUCAGAUACUACAAGACUCAAAAAUCAGGUAAUUUGACUAAGAACUUUAAUAUCUCUGAAUGUAAUACAUUUACUAUAUCAGUUCAUCCUCGACUGUAUGAUCAAUUUUCAGCAACUAAGGACAAUCGAAAUAUAGGAUCAUCUCAAUCAAAUAGAAGCAUAUCACAUGUUAAACCAGCAUUGAAAUCGUCAGUCGAAGUGAAUAGCAAUGCAUGGACCGUGAAAGAAGAUAAAUUAAAUAUCAAUAAUCAAAGUCAAUCUGUAUCAGACAACAGAAAAGAAUAUGUCAGAACACGCAUUGGUGCUUAUUCGUUAACAACAUGUAAAGCUUGUCUUACAGGAUGCCUAAUUGGUUCUCUACUAGGCAGCAUUGCUCUCGCGCAACGACAACCACAACGACAACAGCAACAACAACAACGGCAACGACAACAACAACAACAACAACGACAACAACAAGGACGACGACGACAACAACAGUCACAACAAUCUAUUCACUCUACCACGACCACUGCGCGUCCAAUCGUGGCCAUAACACAAGCAGGUGAUUCAAUUAUUGGCAUAUGUAAUACAAUAGCUGGCGGAUCUACUGGUACAUCUGGCAGCAGCUAUCCAUUCUAUGAAAGCCCAUCUGAUGCCAUUGAUGGUUCAACAAGCACAAAAUAUCUCAAUUAUGGAAGUUUAUCUUCCAGUUGCUCUAGUUCAAGCCCUGCUGGAAUUGAUACUGGAUUUUAUAUUACACCUGCUAUAAGUAAUACAACUAUUGCUCUUGGUCUUCUUUUUGCGACUGCAAAUGAUAGUCCCGAUCGUGAUCCAAUAACAGUAACUCUUGAAGGCACAAAUGCAACAAGUAGUGUAGGUCUCAAUUCUGGAGCAAGUUGGACAUUGAUAUACAAUGGUUCAACAGGUAUUGAUCCAUCAAUUGAUCCUGGUCGUAAUACAUACCUUUCUCAACAAAAUUUCUCAAAUACAAUUGCCUUUAGUAGCUAUCGACUUCUUGUCACUUCAAAACGUGGUAGUGGUAAUGCAGUUCAAUAUAGCGAAGCUCAAAUAAUGGGAUAUAUUUAA